CUCUCUCUUAGCCAACUACGUGCACCGGCAGUUGACGUAUCUCUUUACUUUACUAAAUUCAAUAUGCCUCAGAACGAGUAUAUUGAAGAGGCCAUUCGCAAACAUGGUCGUCGUUUCGACUAUGAAGAGAAGAAACGUAAGAAGGCUGCUCGUGAGGUCCAUGAGUCAAGUAAAUAUGCUCAAAAGGUCCGUGGUAUCAAGGCCAAGUUGUACCAGGAGAAGAGACGGAAGGAGAAGAUUCAAAUGAAAAAGACUAUUAAGGAGCAUGACGAGCGUAACACGACUCAACGUGGUUCUGAGCCCGAAGUCCAGGGUGCUGUCCCUACAUAUUUGUUGGAUCGUGAGCAAGAAUCUCAGGCAAAGAUGCUUUCAAACGCUGUUAAGCAAAAACGUAAAGAAAAAGCCGCUAAAUUCUCUGUGCCUCUUCCCCAAGUCCGUGGUGUGUCCGAGGAAGAAAUGUUCAAGGUUGUUCGUACAGGCAAGAGCAAGAAGAAUGCUUGGAAGCGUAUGAUCACGAAAGCAACAUUUGUCGGUGAUGGUUUUACUCGUCGUCCUGUUAAGUACGAACGGUUCAUCCGGCCAAUGGCUCUUCGUCAAAAGAAGGCCAACGUUACACAUCGUGAGCUUGGUGUAACGAUGCAGCUUCCUAUUAUCGGUGUCAAGAAGAAUCCCCAGAGUCCCAUGUACACUCAACUUGGUGUGUUGACGAAGGGUACCAUUAUUGAGGUCAACGUUAGUGAGUUGGGUCUUGUCACUGCUGGCGGUAAAGUUGUUUGGGGUAAAUACGCCCAAGUAACGAACAACCCUGAGCUUGAUGGCUGUGUCAAUGCUCUUCUUCUCACUUAAAACGUCCUCAUUCUGUCGGCCGUUGUGGCUCGCUCUAUGGAUACUUGUUUUGUGUUUGUUUAUUGUUUUGGAUGCACGUGCAUAUAGGGUUUACAACAGGAAUGAAAAGAAUGUAAUUCAAAAGUGAGUGUGCAUAAAAGUUAGUUGUCGGA